CUUCAGAAACUUUUUUCCCCUCUGUUGUUACUUCCUGUUUUGUCCGGAGCGGAGCCGCGACCGUCCUCUCGGUCUCCGCCGGUGUCCUCUACCUCUUUGUGUCCGUCUCUGGCCCCUCGGACGCGGACUCACAGCUGACCUCCAGCUUUCUUCGAGCCGCCGGGAAGACGCGGGUUCGGUGUCCGGGGCUGAGGGCAGGGAGCCGGCUGAGCUCGCCGGAGGAGCCGGUGUCCCCCGGGUUCUUCCGCCGUCCGGGUCCUGAUGGAUUUUACUUAAAUGUGUUCCUCCGAGCAGCAGCAACACGCCGCGCUAAUGCGCUGAUUAGCCGGCUCUGCUAACCAGUUAGUCCCGGUCUAAGCGGGUUUAGUCCCGGCUUUCACUCACCAUGGCAGAGUUCCACCAGACGCCGACCUCGCUGUGCUGCUGCCGUAAAUCCCUCCCGGACUCUGGGGGCCGGUGUGUCAGGGACUCUGGUCAGCCCUCUGCAGGCCCUGGGUCCCCGCGCUGCCCCCUGGUGGACGUGGCUUCUGCGUCAAACUUCAGGAGCUUCCAGCUGCAUCACUUCCACCUGGACCUGCGACUGAACUUUGCAGUGAAGGAGAUGAGCGGCUGGCUGGUUCUGGACCUGGUUCCAGUCCAGGCGGGGGUCUGUUCCCUGGUUUUGGACUCCCACCCCUCUUUGUUGAUUCACUCCAUAGACUGUAAAGUCCCCGGGGGUGGGCAGCAGGAGCCCGUGUCUCUCACGUACCGCGUGGACCCAUUCACCGACUACGGCUCGUCGCUCAACAUCAGCUUGCCGACUGCUGCCGUGAAACCGGGCCGGCUGGUCCAGAUCACGGUCCACUACACCACCACGGACGGGCCGGCGAUCUGGUGGUUGGACUCAGAGCUCACCUGCGGUCAGACUCGUCCUCUGGUAUUCACUCAGGGUCACUCGGUGUGUAACCGCUCCUUCUUCCCCUGCUUUGACACGCCAGCUGUCAAGAGCACGUACACCGCCACGGUCCGGGUCCCCGAUGGCGUGACGGUCCUCAUGAGUGCGUCUCGGAGUUCGUACUCCAAACAGGACCGUGUCUUUCAGUUCUCCAUGGAGUUUCCUGUCCCCUCCUACCUGGUGGCGCUGGUGGCUGGCGAACUGCAGCACGUCGACGUCGGCCCAAGGAGUCGUGUGUGGGCGGAGCCUUGCCUGUUGUCCUGUGCAGUGAAGAAGCUAGGGGGCAGCGUGGAACACUGGCUGGGUGUUGCAGAGGACCUGUUUGGACCUUACCUGUGGGGCAGGUGUGACAUCGUCUUCCUCCCUCCCUCCUUCCCCAUCGUUGCCAUGGAGAACCCCUGCCUCACCUUCAUCAUCGCCUCCAUCCUGGAGAGCAGCGAGUUCCUGCUGAUCGACGUCAUCCACGAGAUCGCCCACGGCUGGUUCGGCAACGCCGUCACCAACGCCACCUGGGAGGAGAUGUGGCUGAGUGAAGGCCUGGCGACAUAUGCUCAGCGGAGGAUCACCACGGAGGCCUACGGUGAGCCGUUCACCUGCCUGGAAACUGUUGUGCGAUUGGACGCCCUCCACAGACAGCUGCGUCUCCUUGGAGACAACAACCCUGUGAGCAAGCUGCAGGUCAAGUUUGAGUCAGGUGUGAACCCCAGUACGCUGAUGAACCUGUUCACCUACGAGAAAGGUUUCUGCUUUGUGUCGUACCUGUCGGAGCUCUGCGGAGAUGUGAGGCGCUUCGACUGUUUCCUCAGGGAUUACAUCUCAGAGUUCAAAUUUAAAAGUGUGGUGGCUCAGGACCUCAUUGACUACUUCCUGGCUUACUUCCCAGAGCUGAAGGACGCCGCCGUCGCUCAGAGAGAAGGUCUGGAGUUCGAGCACUGGCUGAGCGGGUGUGGUCCGCCUCCCUAUGAGCCGGACCUGUCAGCAGGGGGCGCUCUCAUUGGGCCUGUCCAGGAUCUGUGCAACCUGUGGAGAAGCUCCGACCCCCCUGACCUGCAGGCGCUCGCGACCUUUGACCUUUCAGCCUGGAGCACUUUUCAGAUUGUUCUGUUCCUGGACCGCAUGUUGGACCACUCACCGCUGCCGCAUGAUGUGAUGGUGAGCCUGUCUGAUUCUUACUCGUCCCUUUUUGAUGGUCUGAACGCUGAAGUCCAGAUCCGCUGGCUGCAGAUGGUGGUGAGGAACACGUUCUACCCCGACCUGCCACGAGUGCGAGCCUUCCUCCACAAACACACAUCCAGGAUGUACACGGUGCCGCUCUAUGAGGACCUGGUUGCUGGGGUGAUGAAGUGCGUUGCCGUGGAGAUCUUCUACCAGACACAGCGGCGACUGCACCCCAACCUCAGACGGACGUUACAGCAGAUCCUGUUUCAGACCAGCUCGACCAAUCAGAAUGGCCCUGCUGUGCCCAUUGUACCCUCCUCUACCUCCAGCUCCACUCCCCCACAGCAGCCGCCCGCUGCCACGGCAACCACCUCCCCUGCUACCACCGGGACAACCGCUGCCAUUGCGUUGCGGGACGUCAAUGUCUCAGCGUGAAGACCAGGCCACAGGAAGCAGAAACACUCAUCAGGAAGUGUCACUCCAGACGUUUUUAAAGGGUUAACGAAGCAGUCAAAGGUCGUGGCUUCAAACCCUGAGCUGCUUAAACUCGGUGGCCCCGAGGAGGGCCCUGAUUGGAUCCUGAAGUGUUUUUAUGUGACAUUUACAGACAUCAGAGCUGAGGCCUAUUCAUGCUUCUUCUCUGCUUCUGGCAGAGAUGAGCCUCCACGGCGCCACCACGUGGCCAGGUUGCAUCCACUCCGACACAGACGGGGGCAUGUGGACGGCGUUUUACUGGGUAGGGACGGACACGUCGCACUCGGUGACGAUUCAGUGAGAUCAGCUAAAUAUAAAACAUUUGAGCCUGGCACCCGUCUUCCGCCCGUGUGUGCUUCCUGUGGGGACGCGAAUUCUUCCACGGCUUAUUUUUCCCACCGCCGCGAGUGCCUUCAGUGAUUCGCCUCGUCGAAGUCUCCGCCCCUGGCGCUUGCAUAGUUUCUCUAAGAUUAUUGCAAAAAUGGUGCUGAAACACGUGUGGGCGGAGCCUCUGUAGCAGUGUUUAAAGUCUGCCUCCACCUGACUGACCUGGAGGAACUCUGAACACCAGCAGACUUCACCUGAGCGGCCUUAUUGUUGCUUUCACUGCAGCCUUGUUUGUGAUGAAGGUCUUUGUUUUUGAAAGGAGGAUAUGCUUCUUCCCUCAGCUCUGAAAUAUCCCACUAUGCCCAGUGACACUGAACGCCGCUGCCUCCUAUCUCUGAAGAAUGUUAAAAAUAAAACACUUGAAACCUCAUGUUUACCUGACCUCUGACUCCAGGAGCCUGUGCGUGAGUUCCAGUUCAGCACAAGGUGUGUUUGAUGGAAAUAAAGCUGAUGUUGUUAGCAGACGCAGGCACGCAGCUCACGUGGAGCAUUUCCUGUUAAAUGCAUUUAUUCAGUUUUUACUGACGCUCGUUCAGCGUCGCAGCUUUUAUGGAAAUCUGAUUUUUAUAAACAGCGACUAACCCUUUAAGAAACUGUGGACAUGAGCGUCUUCAGGCACAGCAAAGAUCCAAGAACGUCUACUCAUCCAUAACUGAACGAAUGCAUCUUUUAUUUAUGUUCCUGCGUUACUGUAUCAAUAAAUCACAGAUCGAUAACUGAAAAAAUUUCCUGUUUCUUUGAUCACGUGUUUGAUUAAAUCAAUA